CAAAUAUGCAUAUAUUAAGUGAGUGCCAACCGUGUAGCUCACUAUGAAUUGACGGAAAACUUACACUCGAUAUUUCUUUCAGACAAUAGACUACAAACAUGGGAAAAGGAAAUGGUGAUCACCCUCCACAGAAGUUCAAAACCGACCAAAGUUUCUGUCUGCUCUGUAUUUUUCUCUUUUUUGGUGCCAGUGUUACAUUGUCGGGCCUAAGUACUGGAAUGGAUGACGGAGGCAGUUUCCCUUACCCAUACUUCUUUACUGGCUUUGUUUUAGCGCCUAUUCUGCUCGUAAACCUCAUAUCCAGAUGGUACGUCGUGACAGCUGUAGAAAAGAAAGGGUUGACCAGAAACAAUAUUGUAGAAAUAUUGAAUAAAACAACAUGUGGUAAUCACAUCUGGCCUUGGUCCUGCAAAGUGGGGAUGUUGUGGUGCAUUCCUGGUUCAAUACUUACAGGACUAGGUGGAGUAAACUGCGGAAUAGAAGAGAAUCAUGACAACACAACCUUAACUAACGACACUCGCACAGUAAGAAAUACCUGCUACUAUGAUAUUGAAGGAGUACAUGGCGAAAUGUACAAAGGUUUAGCUACAGGAUUAGUUGUCAUACACGUGUUUUCGUUUGUAUACCUUUUGCUAAGUAACUGUCCCGUUCAUUCUGUGCUUGAACAAAUAAAAGAAGACCCGCAAAGAAGUGCAGCGUCACCAGCCAGUACUCGUGCUGCUGAGACUCCUUCUGUGGCUCAAGCUAAUACUCGUCCUGCCGGAGCUCCUGCUGUAGCUCCUGCAAACACUGGUCCUGCCGGGGCACCUGCUAACACCCAUCCUGCCGAGGCUUCUCCUGUGGUUUCUGCUGCUACUUCUGCAAACAACGCCAAGGCUCCAGCUACCGUCGAAGGUGGUAAUGACGUGGAAAUGAAAACUAAGGUACAACAACUUGAAGUAAGACUAAGAGAACUUGAAAGUAGAGAUAGACAAGUUAGAGAAAUAAGUGUGCUACCUCCACCACCGACAUACAACGAAUUGAUGAACUCUGAUAGCUACAAUAGUUCCGGAGCCCAUCCUGACAAUAGUUUCUCUUGAUUGCUCAACAAAUCGGCAGGGACCAUAAUCAUUUUAUAAUGUGAAUGAAAAGUAGUAAAGGUACUAGGUCACAAUUAUAAGAAUCAUAAUGUACAGCAAGUUUUAAAUUUAUGAUCACUAGAUCUAUUCUUUCUCGGCUAAUACAAAGACAUUUUUGUCGUGCUCUGUGAUCAUUGCAUACAUAUUUGGUUUGUAUUUGAACAAGGCAAGACAUUUAGUCAUUUAGAAAAGUAAAAACAAAGUCAUGGAGUGUAUGUUUCUCGCGUAUCAGGCUAAAAUAAAUUUACAAGGCUAUAAAAGACGUUUGCUAUGUAUAUUUAUAAGUAAACUCAAAUUGCAAAUUGCUUUAAAGUCAUUCAUUGGGUAUGAAACCAAGCAAUAAACCACGCAGAUAUAACUAUUAGUAUUUUGCUAGAAUAUAUUUCUGUUUAGUUUCAAUUUAUCAAAAUUUUAUCUAUUUUGUCUUUAUAUUAUGAGGGAUUUCUUGCAACACAUUUUUAACCAAUGCAUAUCGUAAAGAGCCAUAUCUUUUAAUGUGUUGUAUUUUUACGUUUGAUUUAGUUUUUUUUACGCCCGUUUAAAAAACGGCACGUAUUAUGGGAACGCCCUUGGCGGGCGGGCGGUUGGGCGGUAAGCGAAAGAUUAUUGUGCUGCAACGUUCGUCCUGGUAAAGUCACUUUUUGCUGCUUCAUUACGUGUCCUAAUUUGUCAUUUGUAUGAUAUAGCUUUUUUAUGUUAUGCAAUACCUGCAAGACAAUCAUAUUGUUUUUUAGAAACAGAACCAAGUAUUAUUUCCUAGUUUAGUCGAUUCCAUUGUUCUUAUUACAGAAGAGAAAUUCAUCUUGACUUUGCGAUUUUAAUCUGUAUUCGUAACAGUACGUUGAAGUAGUGUGGAGGCACGAAUUUUAGUUUGUAUUCUUACAAUUGGUUUGAUGUAAUAGAAAUCCUGCUCUAAAGGGGUUAAUUUUGCAUCCAGAAGUACAAUGGAGAGAGUGGUUUGAUUAUUCAGGUCUACCCUUGGCAACAUUGCUCAUACAAAUUAUGAUACUGAAGGAGAUUUCUUUUACUUAAUACGUCCAUGUGUGUGAUUUUUACACUGUUUCUUUAUUACAAUAUGUCAGCUGAAAAUUAUAGUAGUAAUUACUUCUGGAUGAUUUAAGAGAUAUACAAGCGAAAGUCAUGAUUCUAUUUCUGAAAUUUAUUAGACAUGGGUCACUUAUUAUUGUUUAUGACAUAUACCAUUAAAUGUUAUAUAUAACUUUAUCACAGAACGAAUUUACGGCAUUAUGUUUUUCAUAAUAUAGCAUGCUUUUCCAAAAGGCGACAUGUAGUAUUAAACAACAAUGUAUGGUACUGUCAUUGUUAUUUUCAUUUACCAGCAAGUAAAAUAGACAAUAGCUAGAUUUUAAACUCCAAGAUGUCGUUACAUGAAACCAUUUUUAUUACACUGUACUUAUGGCAUUAACUGUUGGAUAUAAUUUUCAAACGAAACAUGUGCACGCGUGUGUAUGUAUGUGUGUGUGUGUGUGUGUGUGUGUGUGUGUGUGUGUUUUUAGAUUUUGUUUAUAUUGUCGUAAAUGUAUGUUGAUUGUUUCCAGUAAAACUGUUUUCGACAUUUGAUUUGGUGCCAGUAGAUGUUAGAUUCAAAGAUUUGAUGAAUAUUUCUUUCAUAAAUAUACAAGAUAAAAUUUUCAAUUAAAUUCAUGUUUGAAAUUGUCAUUAUCACAGCCGUUAUAACUGAAUUCAUAUUCUACAAUUUUGAAACCGAUUUCCACCCUAGAAAUACAAGGAAAUCCUGCGUCAGAAAGUGACAAUGACUUUCGAAAUAGUUGUUUUAGUGCACAAUUAUUUAUGUGCUUAUGUACAUCUUUUCAAAAGUUUUAGACUAUUGGUGAUUACAGAUUUGAACAGAAAUGCAAAUUGUCUUACGAAAUUCAUUCAUUCCUAUAUAUAUGACAUUUUGUUAUUUAUAGCCGUGGUUUUCAUACCCUAUUGAUCAAUAAAACUCUU